GCAACCGCACUGCCUUGGCUGGGUUGGCUCCUGCUAUCCUGCGUCGGCAUCCUGGAUUUCUACGAAGGGAAAUCGUGGAAGAUCCUGGCAUGCGGCUGCCUGGCAAUGCAGAUGAUGAGUAGUCUCGGCUCGGCUUUGGUCCUCAGCACCUGGCACGGCAAGGAGAUGGAGCCCCUUGUCUCGACCGAGCUCUACUUGCUGGGCGCGCUGAUGGCAGCUGUGAGCCUCCGCAGGUCGAAGAUCGGAAACCUCCUCGGGCCCACAGAACACCUGCUGGACGACUACGCAGCUGAGUGCGAUUUCUUGGAUGAGUGGAGAAAGCUCUCACGGCUCCGGCUGCUGCAGAUUUGUGGUGGUUUCGUGCUGAUGUUGAGCAGCCGCACAUCGGCCUUGCUGCUGACGUCACAUCCCAGCCACGGGAAGCUUACGCAAGAUCUUGCACAGGAUGUCGUUACGAUCACAGCUUUUGCGGCCAUGGCCGUGUGCUUCUGCGCCGCUUGCUACUGCACGCUUCACAUCACAGCUGGCCUGGAGCUGGCAGUCGACAGCUUUGCGGUGCGUUGCUUUAAGACGGCUGAUAUGGAGGCCGCCGUGCUGGAAUGGAAUGUGGUGCAGGCAACCUUGCGGCAGACUUCCUGCAAGCUCAGCGAGUUUCUGGCGGUGCUGGCUUCCUCGUGCAUCAUCUCUAUGAUCUUGUUUGCCUACCAGGUCGUUUCCUUAAGCCUCUCCGGCCAUGGAACUGCCUUCCUGGACCUGGGGCUGUGGCUGGGAUGGCUCUAUCCUCCCGUGCUGCUCUUCCUCUACAGCCUCACCAGUGCCGCAGCCGUCACAGAGAAGGUGGACCGACUCGCACCACUAGUGAACUCAUGGGCAUUCAAGAGUGAUGAAGUCUUGGAUGAAUCCCGCCAGUAUCUUGUCCAGUACAUACUGCAGAGCCGCGCAGGCUUCUACACCAGAGGAAUCCGAGUCUCCGCAUCCAACGUACAGAAGAUUUGCUACUACUUUGCAGCCGGGUCCUUUGGUCUGCUUGCGAACUUCUGGCAGUAA